UGGCCACAUAGUGGCGAAAAAAUUAAUGUCUCAUUACCAGCUCAAAUUGAAGAUGUUAUGCCAGAAAUUGAAGAAUACUAUAAGAAAAAUCAUAAUGGAAGAAAAUUAACAUGGUAUCAUAGUGUAUCAAAUGGAGUAUUAACAUUUACAUCCAAUGUUGGCAAAUAUGAUCUGGAUGUUUCAACGUUACAAGCCGCCAUUUUAUUUUCAUGGAAUCAUCGACAACAUAGAAAAUUGACAUUUAGUGAUUUAAAACUAGCCACAAAUAUACCGGAUAUGGAAUUAAAAAAAACAUUAUGGACAUUAAUUGCACAUGCUAAACUGAAACAACAAUUAAUUUGUUAUGAGCCAAUAGUUGAAACUGUACAAGAUUUAACAGAUAAAACACUAUUUUGGCUUAAUUAUGAAUUUUCAAUAUUACGUGGUGGUCGGGUACAAACGCGUGGACAUAUAAAUAUGAUUCAACGAUUACAGUUAAACACUGAAAAAGGACGUGAGGAAGAAAAUGAAGAAAUAAUGUAUCUUCGAGGUGAACGAGCAAAGGAAGCUAUUGUACAAAUAAUGAAAAUGAGACAUCGAAUGAAUAAUACUCAGUUACAAACAGAACUAAUUGAAAUGUUGAAAUUCAUGUUUGUGCCAUCAAGAAAAUUGAUUAAAGAAACAAUUGAAUGGUUAAUUGAACAUCGAUAUAUGGCAAGAGUCGAGAAUAAUAUUAGUGAAUAUGUUUAUGUUGCUUGA